GCGGCGCGCACGUCGGCGGCGCGCGGUUUUCCCGGAGAGUUGCCGUCGGUCUCGCCCGGCGCCCCCUGUGUGGGUCUGAGGACUCACUCGAGCGCUAUGCGACAUGGAGCAAGAGGAGGAUGUCUGCCUGGAGGCUGACUUCUGUCUGGGCACUGUCCUGCGUUCCUGGGGGCUGUGGUGGCUGGAACAGCAAUCCCAGUCCAACAUGCUCACAGGGAUCAUUCUCGGUGCUUGCCUGGCCCUGAGUCUUGUAGGCAUUGUGGUGCUUUUCUUGCAGCGGAGGCUAAAGCAACUCCGACAAGUGCCGCCCACUCCUCAGUACAGGUUCCGGAAGAGAGACAAGGUUCUAUUCUACGGCCGGAAGAUCAUGAGGAAGGUGUCCACAAUACCCCAUGCACUGGUGGGGAACACAGUGCCCCAACGACAGAGAGUCAGGAAGAGGACCAAGGUGCUGUCUUUGGCCAAGAGGAUCCUUCGAUUCAAGAAGGAACCCCCUACUCUGCAGCCAAAGGAGCCUCCACCCUCUCUGCUGGAGGCUGACCUCACAGAGCUCGAUGUAAAGUGCUCCCACCUGCCCUUGGAAGUGCUCUACAUGCUGAAGAAUGUUCGGGUCCUGGGCCACUUUGAGAAGCCACUCUUCCUGGAACUCUGCAAACACAUGGUCUUCGUGCAGCUGCAUGAGGGGGAGUACGUCUUCCAGCCAGGGGAGCCAGACACCAGCAUCUAUGUGGUACAGGACGGGCGGCUGGAGGUCUGCAUCCAGGACAUGGAUGGCCCUGAGAUGGUGGUGAAAGAGGUUCUGCCUGGAGACAGCGUGCACAGCCUGCUCAGCAUCCUCGAUGUCAUCACGAACCACACAGCUCCUUACAAGACAGUAUCUGCACGAGCAGCGGUGCCCUCCACAGUGUUGCGCCUCCCUGCUGUGGCCCUCCAGGGCGUGUUUGACAAGUGCCCUGAGACCCUGGUGCGGGUGGUGCAGAUCAUCAUGGUGCGGCUACAGAGGGUGACCUUCUUGGCCCUGCACAACUACCUAGGCCUGACCACAGAACUCUUUAACCCUGAGAGCCAGGCCCUCCCCUUCGUGUCCGUAGCCAGUGUUGCUGCUGGGAAGGCCAAGAGGCAAUCGCUGUGUAUUCCCGAAGAGCAGUUCCUAGGGCCCGGAGACCCAGACCGUGGGGGCAGCUGGGCAACCACCAGUGGGCCCCUGUUGAGGAGAAGCCACUCCGUCCCACUGCCUGCUGCCCAUGAAGAGAUCUCAGAUGAGCUUGGCAAGGCCCAGGCAGGCGACGAGGGCCCUUCAACCCCACCAGGAUGUGCUGCAGAAACUCCCUCAGACUCGAGGGUUGUAUGUGACCACGCCUCCAUGAGCUCCAAAGAGCAUCCUGACAGUCCUGCAUUCAGCAAGUCCAGGAAGAAUGUGACUGUCACCGAAAGGCCGUCUGCAGUCUUUCAUUACACAGAGAGUGACCUGGACGAGCCUGUGACCAGCAAGAAGACAGAUAGCAUCCUAAGAGCAGCCAAGAAGAACCUGCUCACCCUUAUGGAGCUGGAUGACCCUUCGCUGCUGGAUGGCCGAGUGACCCUUCUCCACGUCCCUGGGGGCACAGUAGUGUCGAGGCAGGGAGACCAGGAUGUGAACAUCCUCUUCGUGGUGUCUGGGCUGCUGCACGUGUAUCAGCGGAAAAUAGACAGCCAGGAAGAUACCUGCCUGUUUGUCACGCGCCCUGGGGAGCUGGUGGGCCAGCUGGCCGUCCUUACGGGAGAGCCCCUCAUCUUCACCAUCAAGGCCAACCGCGACUGCAGCUUUCUAUUCAUCUCCAAGGCGCACUUCUAUGAGAUCAUGAGGAAGCAGCCUAGUGUGGUUCUGGCCGUGGCACACACGGUGGUGAAGCGCAUGUCGUCCUUUGUGCGGCAGAUCGACUUUGCACUGGACUGGAUGGAGGUGGAGGCUGGACGUGCCGUGUACAGGCAGGGGGACAAGUCAGACUGCACCUACAUCGUCCUCAGCGGCCGGCUGCGCUCCGUGAUCCGGAAGGACGAUGGCAAGAAGCGCCUGGCGGGGGAGUAUGGCCGUGGCGACCUCAUCGGAGUGGUGGAGACACUCACCCAGCAGGCCCGAGCCACCACAGUGCAUGCUGUGCGGGAUUCUGAGCUGGCCAAGCUGCCCGCAGGGGCUCUGACGUCCAUCAAGCGCAGAUACCCGCAGGUUGUGACUCGCCUCAUCCACCUAUUAGGUGAGAAGAUCCUGGGAAGCCUCCAGCAGGGACCUUGCACUGGUCACCAGUUUGGGCUCCAUGCUACAGGCAACAAGUGGGACUCAGGGAACCCAGCCAACAACCUGUCCACAGUGGCUGUGAUACCCGUAUCUGAAGAUGUGCCUCUCACUGCCUUUGCCCUGGAGCUGCAGCAUGCCCUGGGUGCCAUCGGGCCCAUCCUGUUGCUGACCAGUGAGAACAUAAGACAGCGUUUUGGCUCUGCUGCUCUGGAUAGCAUCCAUGAGUACCGGCUGUCCAACUGGCUGGGUCAGCAGGAGGAUGUCCAUCGCAUUGUGCUCUACCAGGCAGAUAGCACACUCACGCCCUGGACACAGCGGUGCAUCCGGCAGGCCGACUGCAUCCUCAUUGUGGGUCUGGGAGAGCAGGAGCCCACAGUAGGUGAGCUUGAGCGGAUGCUGGAGAGCUCAGCCGUGCGAGCACAGAAACAGCUGGUGCUCCUGCACCGGGAGGAAGGGCCUGCACCGUCCCGCACCGUCGAGUGGCUCAACAUGCGCAGUGGUUGCUCAGGCCACCUGCACCUGCGCUGUCCCCGCCGUGUCUUCUCCAGGAGGGCCCUACCCAAGCUGAUGGAGCUGUACGAGCGGGUCUUCCAGAGAACCCCAGACCGCCACUCAGACUUUUCACGACUGGCACGAGUGCUGACAGGCAAUGCCAUCGCCCUGGUGCUCGGGGGAGGAGGAGCUAGGGGCUGCGCCCAGGUGGGCAUCAUCCGGGCCCUGAUGGAGUGUGGCAUCCCGGUGGACAUGGUUGGAGGGACGUCCAUCGGGGCCUUCAUGGGUGCCCUGUACUCAGAGGAGCGGAACUACAGCCAGGUCCGCAUUAGGGCCAAGCAGUGGGCAGAGGACAUGACGUCGAUGGUGAAGGCUGUCCUGGACCUGACUUACCCCAUCACCUCCAUGUUCUCCGGCGCACGCUUCAACAGCAGCGUCUGCAGUGUCUUCAAGGAUCGGCAGAUAGAGGACCUGUGGAUCCCCUACUUCACCAUUACCACAGAUAUCACAGCCUCCGCCAUGCGUGUCCACACUGAUGGCUCCCUGUGGAGGUAUGUGCGAGCCAGCAUGUCCCUGUCCGGCUACAUGCCUCCCUUGUGCGACCCCAAAGAUGGACACCUGCUGAUGGAUGGAGGCUACAUCAACAACCUUCCAGCGGAUGUGGCCAGGUCCAUGGGGGCCAAGGUGGUGAUUGCUAUCGACGUGGGCAGCCGGGAUGAGACAGACCUCACCAACUACGGAGAUGCCUUAUCUGGGUGGUGGCUGCUGUGGAAACGCUGGAAUCCCCUAGCCACGAAAGUCAAGGUGCCGAACAUGGCUGAGAUCCAGACUCGUCUGGCAUAUGUGUGCUGCGUGCGGCAGCUGGAGAUGGUAAAGAGCAGCGAGUACUGCGAGUACCUCCGACCCCCCAUCGACAGCUAUGGCACCUUGGACUUCAGCAAGUUUGACGAGAUCUCCGAAGUGGGCUACCAGCACGGUCGCACGGUGUUUGACAUCUGGGGGCGUAGUGGUGUGCUAGACAAGAUGCUGCAGGACCGCCAGAGCCUGAGCAAGACGAAGGCCAGCGAUGUCCUCACUUGCCCCAGCACCUCCUUCACUGACCUGGCUGAAAUUGUGUCCCGCAUUGAGCCUGCCCAGGUGGCCACGGUGGAUGAUGAGUCUGACUACCAGACAGAGUACGAGGAAGAGCUGCCUGGGGGAUCCCCGGAUGGGGACACUUAUGCCGACUUCCAGAGUGUGCCUGCCACCCCGGCUUCUGACGAUGUGCCCCAGCCCCACGAUUCCUGACCUGGCAGCUCUGUGUGGCCUGGUGGUCUCCAUCCCAGAGCCCCACGAAAGCACCCUCUUUGAGAGGCCACAUCCCGCCUUGUUUUCAUGAGGAUGAACCCACACUUCAGCACAGGCCCUAGUGCCCCCUGGGCUCAUUGAACAAGCAGGGUGGUCCCCAGUUGGACACUCCCUGAAGCAGGCUUCCCCACGGAGGGACAGACGGACAGACAGUUGGACCCAGCCUACCUGGUCCAGCAGCCCCACAUGCUGUACCCGUCUCUCUCCCCAGUGGCCCUGUACUGUGCUAUCCCGAGGGGCCUUGGGCCUUUUGCUCCAGCAGUUCCCAGUGGGGACCCUGCAAGACACACACACAGCGGGGCAGGGGGUGGUGGUGACGAUGAUGGGGACUGCCUGGUGCUGUUCUGGGCAGGUCAAUAAAGGCGGAAUGGACUGUG